UCCGACACCACGCGCUUUGCAGGUGGCCGAAAUCCUAAAGCCCGACCAGUCGACCACCAGCCAGCUCCUCCGUCCUCUCCCCCCACGCCCGGCGUCCCGCCGCCGCCGCCCCCGCCCCCGCCGUCGCCGUCGCCGUCCGAGGCACCGGUCCCCCCCUCGAGCGAGCAGUCGGCCAGUUGGUGGAUCCGUCCACCGCCGGCAACCGAAUCGGGAAGAGGAGGAGGGGGGCAGAUCGAAGCUCGGGGAGAGUCGCCGGCCAUGGUGAAGGAGACGGGCUACUACGACGUGCUCGGCGUGAUCCCCACAGCCAGCGAGUCGGAGAUCAAGAAGGCGUAUUACAUCAAGGCGAGGCAGGUACACCCAGACAAGAACCCUAAUGACCCGCAGGCCGCAGGGAAGUUCCAGGAACUAGGGGAGGCAUACCAAGUGCUUAGUGACCCCGCUCAGCGCCAAGCUUAUGAUGCACAUGGGAAAUCUGGCAUCUCAACGGAUGGAAUAAUUGAUCCAGCAGCAAUUUUCGCGAUGCUAUUCGGUAGUGAGCUUUUUGAGGAUUAUAUUGGUCAAUUGGCAAUGGCGUCAAUGGCUUCACUUGAUAAUUUUGACGAAGAUGAACAGAUCGACACAAAAAAGUUGCAAGACAAAAUGCAGGCUGUUCAAAAAGAAAGAGAGGAGAAACUUGCAGAGAUACUUAAAAACCGUCUGCACCUUUAUGUUCAAGGAAAUAAAGAGGAAUUCGUUCGGCUUGCUGAGGCCGAGGUGUCCAGACUUAGUGAUGCAGCAUAUGGACUUGUUAUGCUGAACACUAUUGGCUAUGUAUAUUCAAGACAAGCUGCAAAAGAACUUGGAAAGAAGGCAAUAUAUUUGGGGGUUCCGUUUGUAGCAGAAUGGUUCAGAGACAAAGGCCAUUUUAUCAAAUCCCAAGUAACAGCUGCAGCAGGUGCAAUAGCUCUUAUGCAGCUGCAAGAAGACUUGAAGAAGCAGAUGGGUGCUGAGGGCCAGACCACAGAGGAAGAACUUGAAGUGUACAUGCAGAACCACAAAAAAGUUAUGGUUGAUUCCUUGUGGAAGCUUAAUGUUGCUGACAUAGAAGCCACCAUAUCACAUGUCUGCCAGAUGGUGCUUCAGGACCCCUUGGCCAGGAAGGAUGACCUGCGUCUUCGUGCCAAAGGACUGAAAACUUUAGGGAAAAUUUUCCAGGGUGUUAAGCUCAACAGUGGUGAGGGGGAAGGGUCGCACAUGAAGAAUAUAGAUAACAUGGAUGACAAUGCCGGUAGCUCCCCUGAUUCGUCACCAAAACGGGAGCCAUCAUUCAAUCCCAUUCCUAACCCUCCUCUUACCCAGAGUCCAUAUGUGGAGGCUCCCCAGUUUGGCGGAACCUAUUGUUCGUUCAACUUCCCAAUGCCGACGGCUCCACCAGGUGCGCAGAGGGAUCCGGUGCCUUGAUGGCUGACACCAGAUUUCGUGUACCAUUAAUUAUUUCAUGUAAUGUCGCUUGUGCAUGGUGCAUCAUUUGUACCUGUGGUAGUAGAGGAGACGGAUGAGUCCGAAUCAGUCAGAUAUAACCUCACUAUUUCUCCGGUUGUGUAGCAGCCGCGCAUUGUCUGUCUAUUGUGUACAGUUGUGUUAAGGCUGCUGUUACAGAAGCAGCAGCAGGUCACAAUUGUUGUACAUGAUUUGGUGUUGUUAUUCCUGAGCUGAGGUCUCUUGCUGACAUUGAGGUUUACA